AAAAAAAAUAGUAAAAACUUUAUUAUAAAACAAUGAAAAUUGAAAUUUAGAAAUAUAUUUUUUAGUUCUCCUCAUCUAUACCAACACAAGAUGAACCUGGAGACAAGGGUAUACCGAACCAGCUGAUGCCUGACAAACUGAUGGCAAAUGAAGAGUUUUAUGAAAAACUCAGAUCUGGAUUAAAACAACUCUCAAUACCUCUUGAAGAUCAAGAUGGUCCUGUGAACUACAGUAAAUACAGUCAUCACCUGGGUCGAGCUGAGUUUGGAACUUUAAGAAAACGUGAGAGUACUGUAGUGUCAAGAGAUGCCAGCAAUGAACGGAAAGAAAAAUAUGGAUCAGGAAUUAUUGCUCGUUCCAGAGAUACUAGUGGAGAUAGAACAUCACAGAAGUUAAAUUUUGAAAUUGACAAGACUUUGAGGCCAAAUACAAGUAGAUAUGGAACAAGAAAAUCUUCAAGACAAGCCUCAGAACUGCGGAGUGACAGUCGAAUGAGUGAUUACAGUGAAGCACUACCUGACCUGGAACAGCAUCUCUUUGAUCAAGAGGAUGGAGAACUUCUGUACUCCGACAGAGAGAGAGAUUGUCCCAGUGUUGGCAGAACUCAAUCAAUGCUGGUCAAAGGAGCUAAAGCAGAGAGACCACAGAUAAAUGAUACUCCAAGCCUGGAAGUUCUAAAGAAAAAAGAGGAAGUUCUCAGAAAUAUGGAACUUCAAAAACAACAAAUUAGAGAAGCAAAAGCUUGGAUUCAGAAUGGGUUAAUGGGUGCUGUUGGAUUCUGUAUGGUCGUGUAUCUUCAAUCCUUAGAAAUGAUUGCUGGACAGUAGUUUGCUCAAAUAUACAGUACAAAG